UGCACAUAAACAUAACCAUAACCAUGGCAUCGAGGUGUUCAUUUAAAUAUCCGCUAAUUUAAUGAAAAUGUUAAUUUUAAAAAUGUUGCAUGGCGUGAAAACGGCGUCUGUCCGCCUGAGCCGCCAGUACACGUCGAAGGCUAAGCGCAGCGUUUUGUUGCAGGACCAGAAAAAAGUCAAAAAUUAUGAACCAAAGACAAGCGAUGCCCAUACAAAUCGUGUGUAUGUGUGGGGCUUCCAGGAAACAGGAGCUCUCGGGCUGCAAACUAACGUGAAGAAGGCUAAGGAACGUUACACGGAAAUGGUGCAUCAUCCGACCCGGCUGCAGUUCUCGAAUAACAAUGAAAUUACGGAUGUGACCGCCGGCUAUGGAUUUACGGUUUAUGCUGUGAAGCGGUCCGAUGGUCAAACCUUAUUCGGCAGCGGACUCAACACGGACUCGCAGCUGGGUUUUCAAGUCAAGGGCAAUAAAAAGGAUCCCGCCAACCUGGAUGUGAUUAUUUAUCCAACGGCAAUUCAGCUGCCGCGCGAGCAGGGCGAAACGGAUGAGGACAUGCAAGUGCGCUGCAUGUCUGCCGGACGGGCACACCUCGUUGUGGUCACGCAGAACGGCACCGUUUUCACCAUGGGACACAAUGCGUACGGCCAGUGUGGACGAUCCAUCAUUGAGGACGAGGUCUAUACGGGCAGUUCGCUCAUACACCGCAUAGCCCAGACGGAUAUAUGCGGUGCAGAGGAUGAAAUUGUGGCCGUGGAAUGUGGCCAGGAUCACACGAUGCUGCUGACAAAGCUGGGACGCGUUUACAGCUGCGGCUGGGGUGCCGAUGGCCAGACAGGGCAGGGCAACUACUACAGCGCUGGCCAGCUGACGCUUGUUGGCGGCGACAUUGAAAAGGAGCGCAUUGUGCGCAUUGCCUGCGCCUCGGACUGUGUGCUGGCACUGAACGAGCAUGGCGAUGUCUUUGGCUGGGGCAAUUCGGAGUACGGUCAGCUGGAUGAUUCACCCGAUGCAGCGCCACAGAUCUGUACGCCUCGAGCACUGCAGCUAACCAAGGGCAUAGGCAAGGUUAAGGAUGUGGCUGCAGGCGGCUCGUUCUGCAUGGCUCUGAACGAUCAAGGCCUGGUCUACACCUGGGGCUAUGGCAUCCUGGGCUUUGGUCCGUUUGUGGAGCAAACGUCGAAGCCGCAACACCUGCUGCCACCGCUGUUCGGACGCAAUGAUUUCAGCAAUGCAACCACUGUGGUCUCGAUUGGCUGCGGCGUCUUUCACAUGGGCGCCAUCAACUCAGAUGGGGAUCUCUUUAUGUGGGGCAAGAAUCGCUUUGGCCAUCUGGGCGUGGGGCACAAAAAGGAUCAAUUCUUUCCCUUCAAGGCGGCCAUCAAUGGCAAGGUGCUGAAGGUGGCCUACGGCGUGGAUCAUACGAUAGCUUUGUGCCGGCCCCAUUUAUAAAUAAACCACAAUUAUUUAAAGAUCA